CUCGAACAAUUCCACCUGCUCUCGACACAGGCAAAUGUGUCCGGAUAUCAGUUCUACAUGGCACUAGAGUGCUGCACCAACAACACGGGUUUGAACACUCCGAAGGAUCGUUAUCCCGAACUAAUGAGGUUGAUUCGCCAAUGGCGACACCUCAAGAUGCUCAAAAGGUUCGGCCGAGGCCACGAUCCUGGAGGAGUGGCAACUACGUCAACUGGCAGCUGCGCAGUGCAAUGUCCGGCCUGCCCGCAUCCCAGCAUGAACCUCCCAGAGGAUUGGCAGAAUGCCCCUCCCGAAUGA